AUGGCGGCGGCGCUCAAGAGCCUCUGGGGCAAGGUCGGCGGUGGAGCGGCAGCGUCGCAACAUCCGGACGGCUUUUCCAAAGCGCCUGCCAGCGACCAGCUCUUCCCCAAGACGAACCCGACCGUCGACGGAGAGGAGUGCCUGCGCGACUGCGAGACAUGCACCAUCAAGUAUCCGCGCAAAUGGAGCGUCGACGAGGACGACGACUUGUACGGCCACGUCAAGGGCUGGAGCACACACAUGGUGGUCGCGACGGGCAAGUCGGAUUGGGUCAGGGACGUAGCCGACGAGAAAGGCUCCAUCAUGGAGGCGGUGGAUAAAUGCGGCAUCAAGCCUUCGAAUGGCAAAAUGAUGCUCUCCGCCUCCGACAUGCCCGUCCCGAACGAGCACCACACCCAAGGCGCCGAAGCCGCCACCACCGUCCUCCUCCUCCCCUCCUUCACCAUCUUCGACAACGUCACGCCCUCGCUCGUCCCCGCCCUCAUCCAAAACUACGUCGACCUCUCCCCCACCAACACGACGCCCCUCAUCCACUCGGACCCACCGCAGCGCCCUCCCUCCAACCACUCCGCCGCUAGCUCGCACAAGUCGCACAAAUCCCACCACCAUCGCAACAACAACGACAACACCCACCCCGCGCCCGACCCUUCCGCGCUGAUACCCCGCGACUGCCCGCACGACUACCUCAUCAUGCUCUGCAGCCACAAGACGCGCGACGCCCGCUGCGGCCAGUCGGCGCCGCUGCUGCGCCGCGAGUUCGAGCGGCACCUGCGGCCCCUCGGCCUGUACCGCGACCUGCACGACGAGCGCCCCGGCGGCUGCGCCGUCUACUUCAUCAACCACGUCGGCGGCCACAAGUACGCCGCCAACGUCAUCAUAUACCGCCGCGUCGGCAGCGCCGGCGUGCUGGCCCCGCCCGUCGUCGAGCAGGAAAAGGCCAUGAACGGCGGCGGCGGCGGAGGAGGAGAGAGCAAUGGGCACGCGGGCGGCGAGGCCGUCGAGGAGGAGGAUGGAAACGGUGGAGAGGCGAGAGCGCCGAGCAAGCCGCCGAUCCGGGAGGCGGCGCAGUGCAUGUGGCUGGCGCGGGUGCGGCCCGAGGACUGCGAGAACAUCGUAAAGUAUACCAUAUUGCAGGGGAAACUCGUGAAACCGGAAAGGCAGUUGCGUGGAGGCUUCGAUAGAGGAAGGCAGUUGGUCAGUUGGUGA